AUGUGGUUCGCCCAGGCCGAAUCGCAGUUCAUCCUUGCGAACGUUACCAAGGACUCGACCAAAUACCACCACAUCGUGGCGAAGGUGGACCAAACAGUCAUCUGUCACAUCGCCGACUUGGUUGCGCAGCCGCCGGAGAAUGACAAGUACAAAGCCGUCAAAGAACGACUGAUUGCCAGGUUUGCCCUCUCGCCGGAGGCCCGUAUGGAACGGCUGCUGGGAUCGGCUGAUCUCGGGGAUCUGCGACCUACGCACUUGCUGUCAAAAAUGCAAGAACUGGCUACGGGACUAAACAUCGGUGACGCAAUGCUCAAGAUGCUCUUCUUGCAACGGAUGCCGGCGCAGAUUCGCACUAUUUUGAGCAUCAGCGAUAGUGCCGUGGACAAGUUGGCCGAAAUGGCCGAUAAGAUGACGGAGUUUCCACAAACCUCAGCCGUAUCCUCGACCAGCUCCCACACCUCAACUGAUCAACUGGAACAGUUGGAACAGAAGCUGGAAGUUCUCAGCACGGAGUUUCGUCGACUCAGAGCGAACCCCAACCAGAAACGGUCUCGCUCGGCAUCUCGAUCCAGAACACCUUCUAUGGGUGGAGAGUUGUGCUGGUACCACAAGAAAUACGGCAAUGCAGCUGAACGCUGCAAGCAGCCAUGCAGUUUCAACGUGUCAAAAAACUAG